AUGUCUGGCAAUAAGAAAACCAAGCCUCCAGUUGUGCCUGUUAAGAGUGCUUCUGUUCGUAAGCUUGCAUCUGAAAAAUUAAAAGCUAAUCCGGAAUUCAAUAAAGCCACUAACGAUUCCGGGAAUUUGGUAUCUUCCUUGAGGCAAAAGUUUAAUGAAGCUUCUAUAGAUAACAGUGCUCGUGAGUCAACAUCUGUCAAAAAUGAACCGGAUUUUAAACACCUAAAGCGUACACUGCAGCCUACUUUGUUAGCUACAUCUAAACCAAAGGCACCUUCGAAUCGGAAACCAACACUCAAUAUAAACGCAAAACCACAAAUUAGACCCAAGCCGCUCCCAAAAAAGUCCAAGACUCCUCCCCGUGUUGUUCCUAGGGCCUCAAAUGAGCAUUUAAGUGUUUCCUCAAGGGGAAUUGAAGAGGAAGCACCUCCUCCACUCCCAAGAAGGAGAGGAAAAGAGAAGAAACAAAUAAGUGAGGAUGAGGAAGGCACUCCACCGCCAUUGCCACACAGAAGGGAUCGAAAUUCAAGCAGUUCUCGUCAUAAGGAAUCGUUAAAUCCUGUUCGAGAUAUAUCGGCAGAUCAGACUUCAGAUCAGAGAGCACGUAAUGGGUCAGGUAUAUUCAAAGAUAAAGCAAUAAAAACAUCAGAGCAAACGAGGAAAAGGCCGUCACCUCCUCCUCCAAGGUCUAAAACUGCAUCUGUUGGGCCAUCUGUGGCAUCUGCUGAGUCAUUGGCCUUACCAAACUUGAAUAUCUCGAGAAAUUCUUCCAGCUCAAGACUUUCGUCUUCUUCCACUCCACCCCCACCACCUCCUUCAAGAUCUUCGGGAAAGAGUACAACUGGCAUUAUUCAGCAGCACAAAUGGGUGCAGCCCGACCUGGACUUGGAAAUUCCAACAUGUUGGUUUGCCUCGGGCAGUUCAGGCUCAAUUCCGAAAUGCUUCCAGGGAUGCGACUGGACCAGUUCAUUCGGGAAUUCCGGCAAUCAACGUUUCAGCAAUUAUGCCUUUAGACUUUCUGAUUUAGCAACUGUGGUUCUUAAAUUCAGUUGGGAUGGGGAUAAGGCAUCUCCGUUAAUGACUUUAAAGCAGAGUGUUAACUUUAUACCGCCUCCUACAGCCACGAAAGAUCAGCUACUCGAUGGUUAUCACAAAUUCUCCGAGCAUAUUGCGAAUUGGUGUGAAGUGAGGGAUAACGCACAAGUAGGUGAUGGUGAAUGCUGGACUUUAGCUCAUGAUGCAUUGAAAAAAGCUUGUGGCAGUCAUGCAUUUGUGAGCAGUGGACUCAACCAUGGAGCUUUGCUCCUCACAGUAAAGGCUAAUACCAGCGAAGAUGAACCAAUAAUAGUUCGUGAGGCUGUGACAGAUGAUAUCAGGAGAGGCGAUAUUCUUCAAUUUACAUCGUGUCUUUUUAAAGCUGGUGGCAGAUGGCAGGUAUUUGGACAUCCUGAUCAUACAGCAAUAGUUCUAGAUGUGUCCGGAUCAAAGCUUAAAAUUGUUCAACAGAAUUUCCAGGGUGCAAAAGUGGUCGGCUUCGGUGAAAUUGAUCUUCAUGAGCUUUCUUCCGGUGAGUUGAAAGUUUUCAGACCAAUAGCUUCAAGUUGGAUUGUGGAUUUGUCUGCUGCUUUGAAAUGA